GUUCAGCCAAUUUUCCGCCAGUGGUUAUGUCCGUCCGGUUGAAAGCGCGGGUGCGUGCACGGAGUGGCUUCAGCAUCUGCAGCUGCAAUUGGGUGGGGCCUUCACCUGGGCGACUAAUGAGUCUGAGGAAGGCUUUAGCAUCAACAAUGAGCACUUCAUUAUUUCUGGCUUGCUAGGAGAAGGCAGCUUCGGUUCAGUCUACCGAUGUUCCUGUGAAGGGCAUCAGAUGGCGGUCAAGAUCCUGAGCACAGAAAGGAUCGCCAUGAUGACCAACUGUGCGCAGGACAUUGUACUGAGGCGGAUGCUGCAAGAGCCAGAGAUCUUGGGAUGUCUGGGAGGCCAUCCUAACAUUGUGCAGCUGCGCUGCGCAGCAGUUUCUCAAGAGACCUUGCGGAUUUAUAUUGUGAUGCAGCUGCUUGAAUGCAGCGACCUAUUCACAGAGAUGCUGCGCCGAAGACAACCAUUCAAUGAGCGCGAUGCACGAGAGGCAGUCUCGCAGCUGGUGAUGGCUGUGGUGCACUGCCAUCGUCGCGGUGUUGCACAUCGGGACAUCAAGUUGGAGAACGUGAUGGUUGCCAGUGUGACACCAUUCGUGAUCAAGCUCAUUGAUUUUGGUCAGGCAAUCAUGCAUGAUCAGCGGUCAGAGCAUAUGCGGAGCAUGGCCAAGACGCUGACCACAACUUCUGUGUACAAUCCGCCAGAGGUCAAGGCGAAAGCUCCUGAAGACUUGAGCUACGAUGCUUUUAAACUUGAUUGCUUUGCGGUUGGGGUGGUCCUCUAUGCGCUGUUGAUGAGUGCUUGGCCGCAAACAAAGGAGCCAGGCGACUUUGAGAAGCACCCCAAAUGGAAAAGCCUGUCAAGUCCAGUGCAAGAUCUCAUCAGGGGCUUGUUAGAACCUGAUCCGCUCAAGCGACUUUCUAUGGCUGAUGCGCUACAACAUCCAUGGCUCUGUCACAAGGGUAGUACGGCGACAAGGAGCUCGAAGACACCUACACCCAUGGAUAGAGAGACGGAGAUGCAAGUCCUGUUGUCGGCGCAAUCCUUGAACAAGGCAUUGCAAAGAGAGCGUGGUGCCAGUUGUUGGCUAAUCAGUGGCGCUGAUGCCGAGAAUCCCUGCAUUUGGUUUCGAAAGUCAACAGAUGCAAGCUUCGAGAACUUUGAGGAGAACUUGUCGCACUUGCAACUCGAAAACUCGAUGGUCGACAUUGCAAGCCAAAUCUUGAAACUCCGGGAGUUUACAGCUCGCCUACGCGGUCGCUGCAAUCGAAGAAAUGGUGAUGCCCCGGACAGUUUCCUGGAGGCCUUUGACGAAGUUUUCAGUGGCUACUGCAAGCUGAAUGAAGAGGUGAUCGAUUUGAUUGGCUCGCUGCUAGCUGGUUUCAGAGGCGACAAUCUCGUUGUUACGACCCCGGAGAUCAAAAUCAGGAUGUUGUUGCAUAUCGCAGAACAGCUCGGCCGUGAGCGCGGCUUUAUGUCCUUCCACAUAGGCCGUCCAGAGCUGAUCCGUUCGGUGAACGCGCAGCUGCGCUUUGCCAAGAUCCAGGGAUGCAGGCAAUAUUUGGUAGGCAGCUCAUCCCCAUACCUUCAGUGCGAAGUGGUUUCCACAGCAAAUGGACUUUUGCCUAGCUUGAGGCUGGCAGAUGAAGCAAUACUGAGUACCUCUGAGAUCCAAGCACUUGAACGGGCUGAGGAUUCCGUGAUGCAGGGCCAGAAGGACACCGCAGAGUGGUUCGCCUUUUUAACUGGGAUGAUCGACAAAGUACACCAGCAUGUGAGCAUGACGGUGGUGCUUUUCAUCCAAGAUUUGAGCACAACGCAAUCGUGGCAGGAGAACCACCAAAGUCCAUCAAUAUCUUCCGCUCCUUCUGAAUGUGGCCUACAAUCAACGCCCAGUGUUUUGGGCUCCAUGCGCGGAAGCCCUGGCAACUUGGGUGCGGGUCGAAUUGCCGGUUUGGAUGCCGACCGGCCAGCAAUGUCUGUAAGCCAAGCCAAACGAACAAUGUCCCCGACGGAGAAGUACGCAGCCCUGCUGCAGGCAGCCGCGAUCUUGCGCCGGGAGGAGGAGUAUAUUCCAGGUCUUCCUGACCUUGCAUCCACUAGCUUGGGUGGCUUUGCCAGUGUGGAGAGUAAUGGACGCACCAUGAGCACCAUGAGCAACAUGAGCGGUUUGGGUCCACCGUCCUUGCUGCUGCAGAAGGAGCAGACCCCGGUGAAAGUGAUGCCGCUGAGUACGCCUGAAGCAACACCGAUUCAUCCUGGCAUUUGGAGUCAGUGCCGUCAAGGCGGAGUACCAGGUGGCUAUCCCAUCUCGCCGCCGAACAUGGCCUUUUUCUCUGCGCCCCAAAUGUCUCAGAUGUCUCAGUGCCCGCAGGUGGACUUCAUGGUCCCCCCGCAGGGGCCCUCGGUGCCUCCAGUGCCGGGGCCGGUGCCUGGUGUGCCUGGUGUGCCUGGUGUGCCUGGUGUGCCU